GAGGGAAGCAGCGGAGGGCCAGGACCCCUGGCUUACCGGGGUCGGGCGGGGAGGGCUGCGCCCAGGUCCGCCCGCCUCGCCCUAGAUCCCGUUGCUCCGUGUCUCUGGGCUAUAGACACCUGUAGAAAGUGCGGCUGAGAACUUUUCUCUGCCUGAUCCGCCCGCGAUCACACCCUCAUGGUAGAAGAAACAGCAGCAUGUACAGACGGCACGCAAGAGUUUGCCAAGCCCCUUUCCAGGCCCUCCUGUUGAAGUUCACAAUAGCUCCACUGGUCAAAACGUGCGAAGCUAUGGCGCUUUGUGCUCCAGAACCCUGAAGCCCAAGAUCACACAACUGGUUCCACUCACCUUGUCUGCUCCCCGCCUCUGUACCCAUCUGGUGUCCUUGAAGGCUUCUGUGGCUGGAGAGGAUCCCAGCCCCUGAGAGAACAGUAGGGGUCCCACCAAGUGCCCGAGUGCCUCCUGUGAGCAUAGGGCCACCCUCACGCCUUACUGCGAGCUGGGUGGUCACCCCUUACCUCAUGUGAUCCUCUUAACAACCCUGCCUGGGAGGCAGAUAAACCAAAAGAGGAAAAAAAAUCACCAAUCCUCCAGUGUGUUGCCUACAUACGGGGGCUGCGCCAAGCAAGAUGAGGCGGUUCCUGAGGUCCGGACACGACCCUGCUCGGGAGAGGCUCAAGCGGGACCUCUUCCAGUUUAACAAGACGGUGGAGCAUGGCUUCCCGCACCAGCCCAGCGCCCUUGGCUACAGUCCCUCUCUUCGCAUCCUGGCCAUCGGCACCCGCUCCGGAGCCGUCAAGCUCUAUGGUGCCCCCGGGGUGGAGUUCAUGGGGCUGCACCGGGAGAACAACGCGGUGGUACAGGUUCACUUCCUGCCUGGCCAGUGCCAGCUGGUUACCCUGCUGGAUGACAAUAGCCUGCACCUGUGGAGCCUGAAGGUCAAAGGCGGGGUGUCAGAGCUGCAGGAAGAUGAGAGUUUCAUGCUGCGUGGCCCCCCAGGGGCUGCCCCCAGUGCCACACAGAUCACUGUGGUCCUGCCACAUUCCUCUCAAGAGCUACUUUACCUGGGCACGGAAAGUGGCAACGUGUUUGUGGUACAGCUGCCAGCCUUCCACACACUGGAGGACCAGACCAUCAGCUCGGACGCCGUGCUGCAGCGGUUGCCGGAGGAGGCCCGCCAUCGGCGGGUGUUUGAAAUGGUGGAGGCCCUGCAGGAGCACCCCCGAAACCCCACCCAGGUCCUCAUCGGCUACAGCCGGGGCCUCGUCGUUGUCUGGGACCUGCAGGGCAGCCGUGUGCUCUGCCAUUUCCUCAGCAGCCAGCAACUGGAGAAUGUCUGCUGGCAGCGGGACGGCCGCCUGAUUGUCAGCUGCCAUUCCGACGGCAGCUAUUGUCAGUGGCCCGUGUCCAGCGACACCCAGCAGCCAGAGCCCCUGCGCAACUGCAUGCCUUAUGGUCCUUUUCCUUGCAAAGCUAUUACCAAAAUCUUCUGGCUGACCACCAAGCAGGGGUUGCCCUUCACCAUCUUCCAGGGUGGCAUGCCACGGGCCAGCUAUGGGGACCGCCACUGCAUCUCGGUGGUGCACGACGGCCAGCAGACAGCCUUCGACUUCACCUCCCGUGUCAUCGACUUUACUGUCCUCACUGAGGUGGACCCUGCCGCUGCCUUCGAUGAGCCCUGUGCCUUGGUGGUGCUAGCCGAGGAGGAGCUGGUGCUGAUUGACCUGCAGACGGCUGGGUGGCCAGUAGUCCAGCCUCCCUACCUGGCCUCCCUGCACUGCUCUGCCAUCACCUGCUCCCACCACGUCUCCAACAUCCCCCUGAAGCUGUGGGAGCGGAUCAUCGCCGCUGGCAGCCGGCAGAACACACACUUCUCCAGCAUGGAGUGGCCUAUCGAUGGUGGCACCAGCCUGGCCCCAGCCCCACCCCAGAGGGACCUGCUGCUCACAGGGCAUGAGGAUGGCACUGUGCGAUUCUGGGAUGCCUCUGGUGUCUGCUUGCGGCUACUCUACAAGCUCAGCACGGUGCGAGUGUUUCUCACUGACACAGACCCCAGUGAAAACCUCAGUGCCCAGGGUGAGGACGAAUGGCCCCCUCUCCGCAAGGUGGGCUCCUUUGACCCUUACAGUGACGAUCCCCGGCUGGGCAUCCAGAAGAUUUUCCUCUGCAAAUACAGUGGUUAUCUGGCUGUGGCAGGCACAGCAGGGCAGGUGCUGGUGCUGGAGCUGAAUGACGAGGAGGCAGAGCACGCUGUGGAGCAGGUAGAGGCUGACCUGCUGCAGGACCAGGAGGGCUACCGCUGGAAGGGGCACGAGCGUCUGUGUGCCCGCCCGGUGCCCGUGCACUUUGAGCCUGGCUUCCAGCCUUUUGUGUUGGUGCAGUGCCAGCCCCCGGCUGUGGUCACCUCCUUGGCCCUGCACUCCGAGUGGCGGCUUGUGGCCUUCGGCACAAGUCAUGGCUUUGGCCUCUUUGACCACCAGCAGCGGCGGCAGGUUUUUGUCAAGUGCACACUGCACCCCAGUGACCAGCUAGCCCUGGAGGGCCCACUGUCCCGUGUGAAGUCCCUAAAGAAGUCCCUGCGCCAGUCCUUCCGCCGAAUACGUCGAAGCCGGGUGUCCAGCAGGAAGCGGCGGCCAGCUGGGCCCCCAGGAGAGCAGGUGCAGGAGGGAAGCGCCAGGGCAGAGCGGCCGGGCCUGCAGAACAUGGAGCUAGCACCCGUGCAGCGGAAGAUCGAGGCCCGCUCAGCAGAGGACUCCUUCACUGGCUUUGUCCGGACCCUCUACUUUGCUGACACCUACCUGAGAGACAGCUCCCGCCACUGUCCCUCGCUGUGGGCCGGCACCAAUGGGGGCACUGUCUACGCCUUCGCCCUGCGUGUGCCCCCUGCUGAGCGGAGAAUGGAUGAGCUGGUUCGGGCAGAGCAGGCUAAGGAGAUCCAGCUGAUGCACCGAGCACCCGUGGUGGGCAUCCUGGUGCUGGACGGACAUCACGUUCCCCUUCCUGAGCCCCUGGAAGUGGCGCAUGACCUGUCGAAGAGCCCGGACAUGCAGGGAAGCCACCAGUUGCUCGUUGUGUCAGAGGAGCAGUUCAAGGUAUUCACACUGCCCAAGGUGAGUGCCAAGCUGAAGCUAAAGCUGACCGCCCUGGAGGGCUCACGGAUACGGCGCAUCAGCGUGGCCCACUUUGGCAGCUGUCGAGCUGAGGACUAUGGGGAGCAUCACCUGGCUGUCCUUACCAACUUGGGCGACAUCCAGGUGGUCUCGUUGCCCCUGCUCAAGCCCCAGGUGCGUUACAGCUGCAUCCGCCGGGAGGAUGUCAGUGGCAUCGCCUCCUGCGUCUUCACCAAAUACGGCCAAGGUUUCUACCUGAUCUCCCCCUCGGAGUUUGAGCGCUUCUCUCUCUCUACCAAGUGGCUGGUUGAGCCCCGGUGUCUGGUGGAUUCAGCAGAAGCCAAGAACCACAGCCACCCCCGCAACAGAUCAGGCCAUGAGAAGGCUGUGGGCCGUGCCAGGAUCUCAGGGAGCCAGAGUGGUGGAGAGGAGAGGAGGCCUGGCCUCGUGAUGGAGCAUGCUCUGCUGAGUGAUGAGAAGGUCCUGACAGCCAUCCAGAGCACGCUGGAGGGGGGCCGACGGAGCUCUGGUGAUUGGCAUUCUCAGCGACUGGCCAUGGGGUACAGCCUCAGCAAUGGGGCAGGGCGGGUGGCCGAGGCCCCUUCCUGCCAAGGAUGCUCCCGAGUUGCUGUCACUCCCUUCACAGCAGACUGAGCGGGAUGCACACCCAGGCUGCACGAUGAACACACACUACUGAGGGCUCCUCCCUGGGGCACUGUUCACCUGGGGAGGCCUGUGCUGGGGAGCCGGGAGCACCCCCAGCCCCCACCCUGCUGCUGCUCCUGGCCUCAGGACAGGAGGAGCCCCAGAGCCCUGGGGCUGAGCCUCCCUGUAUCUCAUCUGUCUCGGUCCCUUUGUCAAUGUUGCACAUUUUUUAUCCCCUCCUCCCUUUUUGUAGGCUGGGUUUUAAAUUAUAAAAUGUAACUGUCCCUGGGUGAAAAAGAAUUUUUAAUAAAUACCUUAUUACCUCUUCA